GUUGCCUUGCGAAGCUUUCGGCGGGCAACUGUGUGAGGGUUGGGGGAAACUUUGAAAGUUGGAUGCUGCAGAUCCGGCAUGGGUAGCAAGAAACUAAAACGAGUGGGUUUAUCACAGGAGCUGUGUGAGCGACUGAGCAGAUAUCAGAUUAUAACCUGUCAGAACUUUUUAUGUCUUUCUCCACUGGAGCUUAUGAAGAUGACUGGCCUUAGCUAUCGAGGUGUCCAUGACCUUGUGUGUGUGGUUAGCAGGGCCUGUGCACCACAGAUGCAAACAGCUUAUGAGAUGAAGUCACGAAGGUCUGCUGCUCUCUCCCCAGCGUUCUUAUCUACUACUCUUUCUGCUUUGGAUGAAGCCCUGCAUGGUGGUGUGGCGUGUGGGUCUCUCACAGAGAUUACAGGUCCACCAGGUUGUGGAAAAACUCAGUUUUGUAUAAUGAUGAGUAUUUUGGCUACAUUACCCACAAACAUGGGAGGAUUAGAAGGAGGUGUUGUGUACAUUGACACAGAAUCAGCUUUUAGUGCAGGAAGACUGGUUGAAAUAGCAGAAUCCCGAUUUCCCAGCUAUUUUAACACUGAAGAAAAAUUACUUUUGACAAGCAGUAAAGUUCAUCUUUAUCGAGAACUCAGCUGUGAUGAAGUUCUACAAAGGAUUGAAUCCUUAGAAGAAGAAAUUAUUUCUAAAGGAGUUAAACUCAUAAUUAUUGACUCUGUUGCUUCUGUGGUAAGAAAGGAGUUUGACACACAACUUCAAGGCAACAUGAGAGAAAGAAACAAAUUGUUGGCAAGAGAAGCAGCUUCCUUGAAGUAUUUGGCUGAGGAAUUUUCUAUCCCGGUUAUCUUGACGAAUCAAAUUACAACCCAUCUGAGUGGAGCCUUGGCUUCUCAGGCAGACCUGGUGUCUCCAGCUGAUGAUUUGUCCCUGUCUGAAGACUCUUCUGGAUCCAGCUGUGUGACAGCUGCCCUAGGAAACACCUGGAGUCACAGUGUGAACACCCGGCUCAUUUUUCAGAACCUUCAUUCAGAGAGAAGACAGAUUCUCAUUGCUAAAUCCCCUCUGGCUCCUUUCACCUCACUUACCUACACCAUUGAGAAGGAAGGCCUGGUUCUUCAAGGCUAACAGAGGCCAUAGGGACACUAUGACCUUUGUCUAGAGCUGCUGGGGGCUGUGAUUUGUGAAAUGAAACAGGACCAUGCUGCCUGGAAGAAGGAAACGGAAGCCAACAUAAUAGGGAUUAAUUAGUUGAUUGCUGUUGAGAUGGUAACAGCCUUGCCCCUAUACCACUGAGCCCGCCAUUGCAGGGAAGAUGAAGAUGAAGAAGGCUUUGUUCAGGUCUCUAGAUGCAUGGGGCUGAAGGCUUUGCAGCCGGGGGAUGUCAACAGCCAUAAUAAUAAUAAUUUGCACUUAUAUAGCACCUUUCAACCAGGCACCUCAAAGCGGUUUAACCACAUUAAUUAAUUAAAGCCCACAAUUCCCCUGUGGAGAGGAGGAGGAUGACUAACAGGAUUUGUGAUUACAGGAGGGAAUGUUUCCGAAUAAAGCAUUGUCCACUAAAUAAAGAGAGUAGGUGUAAAGGAAUUGAGGUCUGCAAAGAAGAAUUGAUUCAGACAUGAAAUCAUGGCAAGAUGGGGGAGGCUAAGGGCGGGUGUCAGCAUGGGGGUCUGCGCUUGUGUCUAAGGGAAGUCAGUGGUCUCAGAAUUUACUGACAGAUUCUGAUCCAACUGGGAAGCGGAACAGGGAUGGUAUUAGUGGCAUUUGGAAGGUCAUUAUUCGUACAGCUAUUGUAGUGUAAAUUCAAGUCUCUCCAGUAGAUUGUGUAUAGCCCUGCAGAACAAAGAUUGUGAUUCCUGAAGAAUUGAAUAAAGACUGGAAUGAUUCCUUUAACUUCAAAGUGCAAAGCUGUGUAUUGGUCAACUAGUAAA